CCUACCUGUCUAUUCUUCCCACGUUUCUUUUACUUCCAUUUCUGCAAAUUAUCAUUCAUCAUCUUCUUCAUCAAUCCUAAACCAUAAACAUAUAUCAGCAUUCAUCUUCUUCUUCCUUCAAUCCAAGAUAUACAUAUAGCUUCAGUGUAUAAAUAGUUUUUGAGUGAGAGAAUGUUGGUGUUGUGGAUUGGAGCUUUGGUUCUUAUUGCAUACAUUACACAUUGGGUUUAUUACUGGAGGAAUCCUAGAUGUAAUGGCAAACUCCCACCAGGUUCUAUGGGUUUCCCACUUCUUGGGGAAACUCUUCAGUUCUUCAGCCCCAAUACUACUAAUGACAUUCCUCCCUUUGUAAAAGAGAGAAUGAAAAGGUAUGGGCCGGUAUUCAAAACGAGCAUAGUGGGGCGACCGGUGAUUGUAUCGGCUGACCCGGAUCUCAAUCACUUUGUGUUUCUACAAGAAGGGCAAUUGUUUCAGAGUUGGUACCCGGAUACGUUCACCGAGAUCUUUGGACGCCAAAAUGUGGGUUCUUUACAUGGUUUUAUGUACAAGUACCUAAAGAAUAUGGUGCUUAAUCUAUUUGGUCCUGAAAACCUUAAAAAGAUGCUGCCUGAAGUUGAGAGAACAGCUUGUAGAAGAUUACAACGAUGGUCAAACGAAGAAACAGUUGAAUUAAAAGAAGCAACUGCUAGUAUGAUAUUUGAUCUGACGGCCAAAAAGCUGAUAAGUUAUGACCAAGACAAUGCCACCCAGAAUCUGAGGGAGAAUUUUGUUGCUUUCAUACAAGGAUUAAUCUCCUUUCCCCUGGAUAUUCCUGGAACAGCAUAUCACAAAUGUUUACAGGGAAGGAAAAAUGCAAUGAAAAUGCUAAAGAAUCUGCUAAAUGAAAGACGGGCAAUGCAAGGGAAUAGCCGAAAUGACUUUUUUUAUUUUGUCCUUGAAGAACUUCAGAAAGAGGGAACAAUUCUGACAGAGGCAAUUGCUCUGGAUUUGAUGUUCGUUCUACUAUUUGCUAGCUUUGAAACAACUUCCCUGGCUCUAACUUUAGCAAUUAAAUUCCUUUCUGACGACCCUUCAGUGCUGAAAAAACUAAGGGAAGAGCAUGAGGCAAUUCUACGAAACAGGGAAGACACAGACUCUGGACUUACAUGGAAAGAAUAUAAAUCAAUGACAUACACAUUCCAGUUCAUCAAUGAAACAGUUAGACUAGCAAAUAUAGUGCCGGGAAUCUUCAGGAAAGCACUAAGAGAAAUCCAAUUCAAAGGAUAUACCAUUCCAGCUGGUUGGGCAGUAAUGGUGUGUCCCCCAGCUGUGCACCUGAAUCCAGCAAAAUACCAAGAUCCCUUGACCUUUAAUCCAUCAAGAUGGGAGGGAGUGGAAAUAAAUGGAGCGACAAAGAGUUUCAUGGCAUUCGGUGGUGGCCUCAGAUUUUGCGUUGGAACAGACUUCACUAAAGUGCAAAUGGCUGUGUUUCUCCAUUGUUUGGUGACAAAGUACAGGUGGGAACCAAUCAAAGGUGGAAAUGUACUUCGAUCUCCAGGUUUACAGUUUCCAGAUGGCUUUCACAUACGGCUCAUGGAGAAAACUAGAAUGGAGUAACUUUUACAGAAACAGCAAACAAUGUCAAUCCAAGUCAGGCUAUAUGGCUAAGAAGCAAAACACAAAAAUGUUCCAACUUUGCAUCUUACCAAUCAGCGUUGCUACUAUUCUUUUUUUUUCUUGGACUGCAGAAGAGGAUAACAACUUGUUAGUAAAUCUUCAUAUUGUAGACAAAUUUAGAAAAUAGAGAAUGUAUUCGGUCACUGCUCCAACCAAGAUUAAAUCAUAGUUUCACCAAUGGUCGUAUAUAAAUUUUGUAAUCUCAUCAUAUACCUGAGAAAAAUGGAAAAAGAAAAUAAGAAAAGAAAUAUGAUAUAACGGGUCAUAUUUUUUCACAGCUUUUCCUGUUUUUUUUUCUUCUUUCUGAAUAUUAGGCUUUAUUCUUAGAAUUUUACAUAUCCAUUUUCUCGGAUUAAAGAGGAAAAAGGAACUUCUUAGCAAUGCAACUCCAAACGUGAGUAAUCUAACAGUUCAAUCAGAAGUCAAAUUUCCUCCA